CAGACAAUCAGUUCAAUUAGCCAAAUUUAUAGAGCAGUACGACACAUUGUCGUCAACCUUACCGCCAACCAAAGGCUUCGAUUCAGGGCUAAUUAAGGAAAACCAGAAGUGACAGAAGGCUAGCACGUCGACAAUGCUGCCAUCACGUAGACAUUUAAUUGCCCUCGUUGUGGUGACAACAUUAGCCUGUCAGAUCUGUCUCACAGUGGGCCAGGCGUCUUCGUUUGCGGCCACCAUAUUUCAGAACAACAAUCAACAGCAGUCGGUGAACGGCACCCUUUUGAAUAACACCAUAACGAUCAGUUUUAGCGAGAUAAUAGCUGCAGCAGAAGCGGAUAACUCCAGUAGCACCACAACCGAAGCAUCAACUACUGACUUUUCAACCACAUCAACACUUGCGGCUGCUAGUACCACUCCACAAACAGCUACAAGCACAGAGAGCUCAAUAGCAACCACACAAUCCUCCACAACCACGCCACAGUCCACCACAAGUAUCCCAACAUCAACAACAACAGAAAGCGCUACAAGCACGCAAGCUGCAACUACAACAACGGUUGCUGCAACAUCUAGCACAACACCACAGUCCACAACAACGGUCACACAGACUUCAACAACACCAGUCAGCACUCAGACCUCCACCACAACAUCAACAACAACACCAAGUACUCAAACAUCCACCACAACACCAGUGGCAACCACACAAGCUUCCACAACAACGCCACAAAUAAGUACAACCACACAAGCUGCAACAACAACUACACAAACUUCAACAACAACUACUACAGCUUCCACAACUACUACACAAGCUCCAACAACAACUACACAACCUAUCACAACAACUACACAAGCUUCAACAACAACCACACAAGCUCCAACAACAACUACACAAGGUUCAACCACAAUACAAGCUUCCACCACUAUACAAGCUUCCACAACAACCACACAAGCUUCCACAACCACUCCACAACUUACAACAACCACUCCACAACUUACAACAACCACACUAGCCACAACUGUCACACCAACCACCACACAAGCCACCACAACAACCACCUUAGCUUCCACAACAACACCAUAUCUGAGCCCCACUGUACCGGCCUACACCGUCUAUACAGUGGAGCCUUAUCCCAAUAUCUAUGGCAAGUCCAACUCAUAUGGAAAGCGAAAGUUAAGAAAAGGUCGUAAAGGUCGCAAGGGCCGAAAGCAAAGGCGUCGAACCACCAGCACCACUUUUGCACCACCGUCCACGAUAAGCACCAGCACCACUACCACCACAACAACCACAACCACUCCCAGGACAACACCAAAUGACGACGAUUUCAGCGAAGACUACGAGAACAUGGUGGUUCUCAGUCCAAACGGAGUUAUUGAACCCAUUCCAGGUACCGCCCUGGAUCUGGGUAAUAUAGAUAACCUAAGGAUUCCCGAAUAGAGGCCAUUGUUGUUUAACUAAUCCCCAUAAGGACUGAGAUUAUGGACAGGUCCUUGACAGAGUCAAGCUCUGCUUCAUAUCUGUUUUAAGUUAGCGAAUUUCAAAUAUUAAAUAUUAUUAUUAAA